AUGUCUCUUAAUCCUGAUCAAACGAGUGUUACUCCUGAUGGCCUUUUUGGGGAUCAAGUUCAAAUAGAAUCGGUUCAUCAAGUUGCACGGAACAGUAACCGAGGAAACUUGAGCACAUUGGGGAUGGCUGCUGGAAUGCCGCCUUAUGGGACAAAUAAUCCAUCUGCCAUGUCUGCUGCAGCAGCUGCUGCUCUUCUGAUACAAGCUGCAGCAGGUGGUUCAGCUAAUGAAUCACCCAACAACGUGGCACUUUCUGGUAGACGUUGUUCAACUUCGAGCCUACUAGAAUCACCACAACCAUCACCUUUAUCUUCAUCUGUGAUUUCAGUAGCUGCACAACAGGCUGCUUUGGUUGCCGCUCAGGCUAUUGCCAGUCCCCGUUCACCCACGGCUAAUUCUAAUACAUCUAAUUUUCAAGCGGCAGUGUUAUCCUUGGCUUUAGCAGCUUCAUCCACGUGCACAACAAUCAGUAAUUCAUCUGGUCCUGAAUUUCGUGAAUGUCAACGUUCAUUACUUGGGAAUUCUGCCAUGAAUGAUCUUAUUUCUCUUUCUGAACAACAUCCGAAAUUAUUUACUGCACAUCCUACAUUAGCAUCUGUUUUUAGAAGACGUUCUUCCACACUUGCUCCUCCAUGUUUCACUAAUGUACUUAAUCCAGCCUGUUUGGAUGUGACACCUAGACAUGAAUUAAAAAGUGUUUCCAAUGAUGAAUCACAGUUAUUAUCUUUUUUACCUUCAAACCUGACAUCUACUCUUGAUCUUGGAGGUUCUCAACUUCUCAACAGUCAGCAGUUGGGUCUUUCUGAGUAUCCAGAGGAUAUAGCACCUCAAGGACAAAACUUUCCCUUAGUGCGCCAGUCAUCUAUUCAAACUUCAUUUCUAAAUGAUAAUUUUAGAUGUACUGAUCAACAGCAGCGUUCAAGUGAAUCUUACUUAAUGGAUAUUAACUCGGAAGAUUCUGAGGACAAUACUGAUAAUUCUCGAAAUCCCACUACUGUUUCUCAUAGAAGUUACGAAGACUCAAAUAUUCAAUCGUUUUAUAAAACUUCACCAAAGUACGAUUCACAUAUAACACAUACUUCAGGUGUUCAUUCAUCCUUUGAUCAAAAUUCAAAUAAAUGUAAUUCAAGCAACUCCACAACUAAAUAUUUCACAGUCAAUGUUGAAUGCAGAGUUAAAAAUCCACCAAUGGAUGACAUGAGUGGAGUUACUUCCAGAUCAUCUAUUUCUUGUAGGUCACUAAGAACUAAUUGUGGCGCAGAGUGUGAUUUUAAAACUGAUGAACCAAAUCGCAAACGAGAACAACGUCUUUUAAAGAAUAGAGAGGCUGCGAGAGAAUGUCGUAGAAAAAAGAAAGAAUAUGUAAAAUGUCUGGAAGCUCGAGUCAGUCUUCUAGAAAGCCAGAACCAACAGUUAAUUGAGGAACUUCAAAAAGUGAAAGCACUUUGUUUUAAAGAGUUAUGUGGUUUGGGAUUAAAUAGCUCCACAGCUGCAUGCGCUGCCGCGGUCUUGGCUGCUGUGACUUCAGUGUCCGCUAGCUAUUCGGGUUCAGACGCUGCAGAUACCUCAGGGCUGGAUUCGACUGCCCGAUUUGCGUCGGAAUCUGAUCGAAGUAUGUGUGAUGGAACUGCUGAAGUGCAUCAAAUAUCAUCAGACUACGGAGAGGAAAUACAGCAGAUAAGUGAAAACUCACGAUCUACACGUCAUCGUCGGCGUUCCGUUUUCACUGCACCUAAAUUAUCACCGUAUUCAACUCAAACUACCUGGUUAAGUCCAUAUUCGUUGAAAUGUUCUGAGCCAUCCCCAAACAUAACGUGUGGUACUCCUCAUGUGAAUCGUUCAUCUGUAGAUGAACUCUCAUCACACUCUUGUUUGUCAAAGUUGCAUGAUUCAAAAACCGAUUUUCCGCAUAAUUCUGUUCCGAUUUCUUACACGCCCCCAGUCGAAACAGAUACAGUCAGUCCUCAUUCAAGCGAACAUUUGCAACAUCACUGUACUGAACCACACUCACUUAUAAUUGAAAGCAAAAUCGAUGGUAACCGACUUCCUCAACACUCAACGCAUGAUAUAUCCAACGAAUCAACGAACUGGAAAUCACCACAGUAUCAAAACAGUGGUACUGCCUACCAACAUCCUCGGUACGCGGCUAAAAGAGCUUACCGUAAUGUGAUGUUUAAUUCAUCCAAUAUAUGUGGAGAAUCUGAAAUAAAGACAGAUUCUAUUGAUGAUAAACGAUUUUGUAAACCAGGAAAUGAUGUUGAUGCUGUCACUGGGGCAGCAGUGAUCUUAGCUGCUGCAGCUGCAAUGGUUGCAGAAUCUGAGUCAUCUGCUCCAGAAUCUAGACUUUCUGUUUAAGUAUGCAUGAAAUCCAGAUCAUAUUAUUUAUGAAUAUCUACCUGCGUCUUUCUAAAUGAAUAGGUUCUAAUUAACAUAUUUAUGGUGGGUUUUCUUUUAAGAAUACUCUAUAAGCAGCAAACAUUUCACGCAAUGAUAAUUUCUUAAUUUCAAUGUCAUUAAAGAGUUAAUCUAUGCUUUAUGUGGAUGUAUUAUGUCUUCCUUCAUGAGUUUGCCUUUCUUAUUUUAUGCUGUUCUGUUUUCUAAUAUACUAAUUUUAUUAAAGUACAGCUUUCUUAAUUGUUCAAAAUCAUUCCCCUCGCUGAUUCCCCAUCAGAGUUUUUGUGAAACAGAAAUUUAUUUGUCCUUCAAAACACUAAGCCAUUGUCAGUGGUUUUAAAAAUAAACAAAAUUACUUGUGCUGUUCGCUUCAUCUUUUUUAAUUUUGGUGGCUUCAUCAUAAAUUCAUCUAUUGUAAUUAAUUUGUAUUUUACACCUUGUACUCUUUUCUGUUUGAAUCAAACAUCCUGAAAGACCACCUAUUGUCAAAAAAGAUUCUAAUUCAACUUGAUUGUCUUGUUACAUUUUCAUCAAGCGCCUAUGAAUCAUUUAUCUGUCAUUCUUCAUAUAUUUACUUAUUUCUUUUCCAGGUGUGUAGCUUCUCAAUGUCUUUCGUAUUAUUUGUUAUUUUUCAUAUCAUGCUUAAAGAGGGGGGGGGGGAUGUUCAGUAAAAAAAAAGAAAAGAUAAAUAGCAGUAAUGCUUCAGCUAUGACUAUUGUAGUUCAUUCGCCAUUUCCUUGCCUCGUUGUCAUGAUAUCACCUACAGUGUGGUUUGUGUUUCUGUCUACAUGUACAUAUACAUAUAUAUAUAUAUAUACAAAAUGUGUGUAGUUCAACAUUUUUUACCCGGUUUUUUAUCCAAGUAAUUUCUGCUUUUAUUUUAUCAAAAGCGCCAUUCUCAUUUACUGCUAAUUAUUUCUUUUUUUUCCAUAUAAAUUGCUUUUGUGAAUUGAAUACUUGAUUAUGAAUUAAAAACCUUAGUCAAGAAUACUAAUGUUUCAUCGGUUCACAUAGAAUACCGGUAUAAUUUUCAAUAAUUUAACAGAAUUUUCCAAUGAAUUAGUCUCGCGUGUUCAGAAUUUUGUCUAUUCUUGCUAAAUCCGACAAACCUAUGAUGAAAGUUAAUUUUCGAAGAAAAAAGUUAUAAAUUUCAAUUUAUGAAGUAAUAAGCUAACUACUUUCGGUUAUUACUUUCUGGAGUCAGCUGAUUCCUAGUUAAUAAAAGUUUAAACAUUACGUUUAAAUUGAUACAUUUAUAGUGAAGUUUAAUCAAAUUCUAUUUUGUAGGUUAUUUAUAAUAACUGAUGUUUGUGCAGAUGUUUAAGCUUAGAAUGCUUCCACUGAAUUAAUCAUUCGGUUAAUUUGUGAGUAAAAGAUCACACUUAAAGUAUUUCUUCUCAAGGUGUGUAAUCUUUUAACAUCUUACGAACACAAUACCGGCUGUAACUUAUUCAAAUUUUUGGAGAGAAGCAUUGUUAGUGAUUAGUUAAAGUACGUCGUGAAGUGUAAAGCGUAAUAUUUCUAUCAAGUGUAAAUGAACAGAUUUUAAUGCAUGUCUUUCUUUAUAUGGAACUAAUUUUCUUUGGCUUUCACGUUACUCGUUGAAUUCAAAUAUCGGAUCUGACGGUUACAGAAGAGAAUUCACUGUUAAGAUAAUAUUUUCUGUUCGCAAAUAACCAAUAAUAUACAUCAAUACGUCACUAUUAGUUAAUAUGAAUAUAGGUUUGAUGACUUCUGUAUUUCUUUAGUAAUAAAUACUUGACAUGUCA